AUGGUUGCCGGUGGGCAUGUGUCGGGGCGCACUGUCACUACCACCAUCAUCACGUUCAAUACCAUAGCUGGCAUCUUGACCAUCCUGCGGCUCCAGACGAGAAGACUGAUUGUCCGCAAUGCCGGGAUCGAUGAUGUUCUCGUCUCUCUCGGUUUGGUGGGUGGAAGCGACGAGGUCUCAGGGGAACACGAAGCUAACGAUUGUUCAGAUAUGCUCUACUGUUCUCACCAUCACCAUGUGUGAGCAAGGUCAGAAAACAAGACGCUAGGUUUUAUCUCCCCAAGCUGACAUCGCGUAGUUGUGUACGGCAUGGGACGGCACGAGGCGACACUCACGCAAUACGAUGGCAUCAUGUCGCUGAGAUGGUUCUGGGCCUCGGUCUGGACUUACUAUCUUGCGCUUUGGGCGGUCAAGAUGUCGAUUCUGUGUCAAUAUCUCCGCAUCAUUCCAGAGGGUGGAUUCCGCCGCGCCUGCUAUGGUCUCAUGGCGGUCGUCUCCGCAUGGACGCUGUGGGCUUUCCUCAGUGCCCCAUUCCCCUGCAACCCGGUCGAUGCCUUCUGGGAUCCGAGUGUCAAGGGCUCCUGCUUGAACCGGUUGGCGGUCUGGUUCACCAACGCUGCCGUUAACAUUGUCACUGGUAAGCCCCGGAAGAUAUGAUUCGCUGCCACACAGGGAUUUGCGGCUGACAACAUACUCUCCGACAGACCUGGCCACGACACUCCUACCACUGCCUACCCUGAACAGUCUCCAGAUCCCCAGGCGACAGAAGUACAUUCUCAUGGUGGUAUUCGGUAUGGGCGGCGUCACCUGUCUACUAUCCAUCCUCCGCCUGCAAUCGCUCUACGUCAUCUCCAAAUCAACAGACAUCAGCUGGGACAACCCGCUGGCCGCCACUUGGUCCAGUCUGGAGGUUAACGUAGGCAUCAUCUGUGCCGUAAGUGUCAUCUCGUACCAGCACAACCCCGAGCUAACAGGACAGCAGUGCAUCCCAACGCUCAAAGGUCUCAUGUCUCGCCUGUUCCCGACCUUGACCUUCGGCGAAGUCUACAACAUCACUCCUUCCGAACAGAGAUCCGCCGCGCAAAACGAAGAAAACAGAGUCAGCUUCCGCAUGCUGGGCUAUCACCUGCCAGAAGACGCCGAGAAAGCAGUGACCGUCGAGGCGCACGAACUGCCCGCCAAAACGACUCGCAGCGCAACCCUCAGGACAUCCGGUCCUCCUACCCCCGUCCAUCAAACCCGCGACCCAUCUCCAAUCAAGGACUCCGACGAAGCGACGAAAGAGCCGACCAGCAAGUUCGUCGGCUUCAACAAGAGCUGGGAGGUAACGAGGCAAGACUGCAUCCGCAUGCCCUCCCCGGGCUUCACGGCGAUCAAUCAAGAAGCGAAAGAGAAGGUCCGCUGGUACGUCCAACGCCGACCCGCCGACUCCAGCUCUUCUUCCUCCAAAAAAGCGGAGAAAAUCCCCGGCCGCAGCAGCAAAUUCCACGAACGCGACAAGUCUCUCUACGCGGAGGAAGAACGCGCCGGUUGA